AUGGCGGCGAAAGUGCUGGCCGUUGCGCCGGCCGCGCUGGCGAGGCACAGCCUCCCCUCCCUGCUUCCCGUGUCACGGUCGGCCCUCGACGAGAGCAUCAUCGGGUCGAAGUUGGUGGUGGAGCCGCUGUUGGCAAACAGAAGCAGGAGUGCUGAGGAAAAUCGGAAGUGGGAGAUAGGAGACUGUGUGAUCAAUGCGCUCAUUGCCGCGGAAAAGCUCGCGCAGGCUGCCAUGACCAUCGAGAGCGCGGUGCACGCAUGCAACCCCAUGGAUCAAAACAAAGCGGCAUGCGCAGGGGAUGUGCUCGGCAUCUACGCCACCUUCUCGGCUGUAGCCGCCUACCUUUCAGGCGUCGCCUCAACUUGCCCUGUCCCAGUCAAUGUCCAGGCCAUGUGUGCAAGCGAUAUAGCGGACAUCAAUUACGGCAUUGGCACGCUGGGCUCCGCGCUCGCUACAAUUAACAUGACCUGCGAGCCCGGGGCCACAGAGGAGAGGGAGCCGAUCCCCGAAGACCGCAAGUCCAACGCAAUGGGGAUGUGUGUCAUCAACGCGGCUGAAGCCGCUGCUUACAUCGGGCAUGCAGUGCUUAGCAUCAGGGCAUCUGUUCAUAAUUGCGCUCAGGUUGCCAGGGAUGCGAGAGAGGAGCGCGACAUUCGGUCGACGUGCUCGGCAGACAUCAGUCAGGUCUUGCAGUCCUUCUUCCUUGUCAUGGCGUACUUGUCCAAUGCGGCUGCUCUGUGCGGGGACACGCUGAUCGUUGGUGCGGCAUGCUCGAACAGGGUCCUGUCUGUCUUGGCGGGUUUAUCGGAAAUCGCGGCAGGGGCCAGCGGCGCAGUUGGCGACUGCGCCAAAGUUCCCUCCAUGGUCGUCCCCUUCGGCAACAGUAACAGGGACAGGGGCGCGCGGUGA